UGGGCACACUGUUGACUCGGCUACCACCGAGACUACUGGGGACAGCAGCGGAGCACCGCAGACGAUCAAGAAAACCCUAAAAUCAUCCAUUCUCUCAGCCGUCAAAGACUUUGAUCCUGCCCAUUCUCAACCUGGUGACGUGAGCCUAGGUACGAGUGGAUCGUCCCCUUUGCUGGUCGCAGGCGGGCGCCAAGACGAGCCUGUCAUCCAGGUGAGUGGGGUUCGACGAAAUCCGCAGGCAUUACGAGCUCUUGGAACACCAUGCUGACAUGACUUGACUCUGGUUUUCGACCACGUCCGACUACUCCAUCCACUCUGCAUCACCACUCCUCACAGACCACUGCCGCCCACGCCGCCCACGUCGCGCACGCCUCGCCCUAUCCCAUUCCGCGUCGAAACAUGGAGGAGCAUCGUAUCUUGGAAGAUGACUCGCAUGGCGAGCACGCUUCGCCAUCUCGGAAAUCCAAAUACUCUGGCUCCCCUUCUCGACCCCAUAUGACGGCGUUGUCACCCCUUCAGGCAUUCUCUCCCUUGCAGUCCAUGUCACUGCCCUUCAAGGAGCAGAGUGCCGUCUCGGACAAGAGCCCAAGUCUCAGUCGGACGUCCAGUCUGACCCGAUCACUCAGCAGGAGACAGAGCCUCAUCGCUCAUGCGGCCUCAUGGGACGCUGGACAUGAUUAUGACGAUGAGAACCUGACCAAUCCGAUGGCCCUGUUCUCCCGUUUGACACUCGUCAAGGCGCCGAGUCAGGACACUGGGCUGAGAAGGGCGAAAUCCUCAUCUGCUCUUGCUCCCUUCACAGGUCAGAGUACCAUGAACGAUCAUGCUCCCGCUACAUCGGCUCGUGGACCAAGAAGAUCGUUCGCAGCGUCUUCUUUCGCUGGGUUCACUCAAAUGUCUAGGCUCCCCUCGCCUUUCUCGGAAGGAGGUGAUUCCCUUCAUCGAUUGAGCCACCUGGCUGGGGUCGGAUCAGGUGGCGAUGGAGGCAUCGGGUACGCACACAAGAUGUUGACUCCUGAGCAGGUGGUAGAGAUGGCGAGGGAUACCGUCCAUCCGAUCGCGAUGCCCGAGGGAGGUCUCAAAGGAGUGGACCUCAAGCGACGCAAAAGCUCAGGGUCAGGUCGGAAGGCGUCCAGCAGCACCACAGACUCGCCUGAACGAUCUCAGGUGGCUUUGGAGCCCGUGGAAUACGUUCAGCUGGACGAUGAUACGUUACUCCCGUAUGUCGAUCGACCGCAAGAGGUCCGAGAACUGUUAGAGACGAACAAGGAGCUGGUCAAGUUACUCAAAGCUGCAUUCCCCAAAGAACCACUUCGCGAGCAUUGGAUAGCGUUACCGCCCGAGGAAUGGAAUUGGGAAGAAUUCAUGCGACACCUCACGACGGUCUCUCGCGUCCAGUGUCCCGACUACGCAUGGGUGUUCCGGGCCCGUCAAUCGAUGCGCGCGAGAUGCGUCUCGCUGUGGGAAAAACUCGGCACGUGUCUAGGAUGCGAUGGCGAUUUGCUCAACGCGGGAGGUGAAGACGGUCUACCAUCUUCCUGGGGAGGUUUGAGUCUCGGCGAAGAGGGCGAGUAUGACCCAAGUGCGCAUCAAGUGUAUAUUGAGGCGCUGGAGGCUGGGGAGAGGGAAUUCAAAGAAGCGUUUGGAGAGAUCGUCGAGGAUGAAAAUGAGCAAGCGGCAGCUGGGAUGACGGCUCUUUUGGGUACCAUUGGAGAGGAAGACAUUGGUCCAUUGGACGAUGCACACUUGACGACGGCGCAAAAGGCCAGCAGGACGACAGUGCAGGAUCCAAUGCUUUCUCCAGAUACCUCAAAGCCCUCGGUUCACGGUCACGAUGGCCCGAGAAGACCUUCGGCAGACGCUCGACAUGAGCGAUCCAGGUCGUUUGUUGGAUUACAAAUCAUGACUUCACCCUCCAUUUCUCAUGCUGCUUUGAUGCGCUCUCCAUCAGGUACGACUCCUACCACGCCUUCUGCCCACCUACCGAUCUUCGAUCGAGGUCCUGGCUCGCCUCUCUUCCCCGGUAGCUUUUCAGCUCUAUCCGUGGAACCUAAUCUCGGACGAAGUGCCAGUGUAGGCCUUGCAGGGGGUGUCAAGGCCGCUCCUGAGACAUUUGGAAGGGCGGGAUACAGGCCCAUCGCAAAGCGACAGAGUGGCGCGGGGUUGUCAGAAAGUGCCAUCACUUUCGCCAGCGAGUCUGAUCCUGGUCUACCCGGAGAUGACUGAGCGGGGGCGGGUGUCUCAACGUGUGUUGGCGGCGUGUAUACACGUCCAGACGACUUCAGCGAUCAUGUGCGUGUCAGUACACGAGUAUGCUUUUCCUCGUCAAUAUGUAAUAUGUCCACCUGCU